AUGAGGUACUUCACCAUCCUUCUUUUGGCGCUUUUGGCUGUUACUGCUCUUGGUAAGUCAAAGUAACAGUAACAAAGUUACAGUAACAUAAAACGUUUUCUGUAAGUUCUAUAUUUAAAAACAAAAGUUUUUUGAACAAGUUACUAUUGUAAAAAAAUCUGUAGGAGCAGCCCACCACGGUAAGAAGCCAGUUCACAAGAAGCCAGCUCACCACCCUCCAGCUCACAAAGUUUCAGCCAAAGCCGGCACCAAAGCUCCAUCUGGAACCGGUGCCACUUCAGCUGCCAAGAUUACUGGUGCUGCUGCGGCCGCUACUACCGCCAAGGCUUCUUAA